UAUGUGGCAAGCAAGGGAAAGGAUGGCAUGAUCACUCUGAACCUCCCCUUCAACUCCUGUCACAUGACUGUCCAGGGUAAAGAGCACCGCAUAGAUGUGAUUUACUCCACGUUGAAUGGACAAAAAGGAAAGGCCCAGUUGUCCUGUCCAGUUUCCAUACCCGUUUCUCAUCAAGAGUGUAACCUUCCCAGUGACCAGCGCCUCCCCUGUGGCCGCCGCGCUCUAUCCCAGGCAGAGUGUCUCUCUCUGGGCUGCUGCUACAGCACCAAGCCCUCUGCCUGCUACUACUCCAUGGAUGAAUGCACAUUGGACCGCCACUUUGUCUUUUCGGUGCCCGCCUCCCUCACGGACCCCCCUCUGUCCCCCGCCUUACUCACUGCCGCUGGCAACCCCACCUGCGCCCCUCAGAGGGUGACCCCAGACUACGCCCUGUUCAAGAUCCCACUGGGCGGCUGCGGGGCCCACAGAUACGAGGUUGGCCAAAUGGUAAUCUACAUGGUGGAGAUCAUCAACACGGUCCAGUCAAUCACCCUCAACUAUGGGACCAUCACCAGAGACUCUCCUAUCAGGCUGCUGGUUGAGUGCCAGUACACUCCUGGCUCUGUGGCGAGUGUUGGCUUCCUGGUCAAGACCCCCUCCUUUGGCCCCUCCAUUCAGGCCCAGGGCGUGUUGGGGGUCCAGCUCAGGAUUGCCACAGACGAGCAGUACAGUAGCUUCUACCCCCAGUACCACCGGCCCCUGCAGAUGCUCUUGGGUAAACCCUUACACCUUGAGGUGCGUCUGCUCAACCCCCCAGAUGACAAAGUGGUCCUGCUGGUACACUACUGCGUGGCCUACCCCAGAUCAGGACAGACUGUCUGGAUACUCCUCUAUAAUGGAUGUCCUAACCAUCUGGACCCGGCCUCUCAGAAGCCUCACCCAUCUCCUCCACCCCCACCCUUUCACCAAGGCCAGACACGAAGGUUCACCAUCUCCACCUUCCAGUUCCUCACCUCUGGACAGACUCAGACAUUGGAGGACCAUGAAGAGAUCUACUUCAUGUGUUCUACUGAAGUGUGUUCGCCGCUGGACAGCAGCUUGUGUGUAGAGGGAUGCUUUGGCCAGUGACUGUAAGGAACCGCACGGACAAUGUUCAGUCACUAUGGACACGGCAGAGCCCUGGUCAAAAGUAGUGCACUAUAUAGGGAGUAGGGAGUUUGGGAUGCAUCCAUAACUCGCAUGUGAAUUAUUAUUUUAAAUAAUUAUUUAAUUCCCAGAAAUGGAGCAGAAGGCUGACGUGUGGUGCCACACAGCAAAAAUAUGGUUUUGUAAUUAAGGCUACUUUAAUUAUUUAAGAGGACUAAUGCAUUUCCUGCCUCUGUUCCACAGAGAAAAGAUGGACAGAAAGCAAUAGUCAUGGAAGAUUAACUGGUAGGAUUUUCUUUGUCAGUGGAACAGAUUCAACUUUACUAAUACAUUUCCAUUGUAAUUUCUCUUUCCUCUCCCUCUGUUUUCAUCUCCAGGCCAAAGGCUGCUCGUUCACCGCUAAUAAAACCCCUUUAA